AUGAAGCAACCCAGAGUGGACUUCCUUCCUUCGACUGGACUCCACGAGGAACCAGAGCUUUGGUACCAGCAGCGGCCCCCUGCGCCCGUCCGCCUCCUCGGGGAGUGCAGACGAAUUUGGGCACCGCCCUCCAGUGUUACUCCUGCGAGGACCAGGGCACAACAAGGGCUGCCAGUGCGUGUAGAACUGCAGAACCAUUGCUGGACCGAGCGCGUCGAAGCCUUCGGUCUCCUGACUGUCACCAGCAAAGGCUGCAGCUUGCACUGUGUGGAGGACGCGAGGAAUUCCUUCGGGAGCAAGAAAAACACAUGCUGCUGCACCAACCUGAGCAACGCCAGCGGGGCCCACGCCCUGCAGCUGGCCGGCAUCACCCCAGAGCUGCUUGCUGCUCUCGGCCGUCGGCCACUCUGGGGCCGGGCCCAGCUGUAG